UUUCUCCCUUACCAAUCUCGAACCCUAAACUUUUUUUUUUCAAAUCUAAGAAGCAAACCUCGUCCAUCCUCUUCAAUGCAGAGCAUCAUUCAUGACUUACCUCCCUCUAAAAGAUUCAAGUUUCUCAAUGAAAAUCAACACAAAGAAGAGCUUUUUACUCAAUCUCCUCUUCCUUCAAAAUGCCUCCCUGCCAAAAAACGCUUAGAUUCCCACCACUCCUCCAUCCAAAUCUGCCUCCCAGCAAAGAAAAGGAUCUGGGCUCCCAAACCCCAAUUCUCUGCCAACGAAAAUGUCGAAAACUGUAAUCUUCAAGCAGAAGAAGAUACCGAAGAGGAAGACGACGGUGUCCUCUGCGCCGUAUGCCACAGCACCGACGGCGAGCCAACAGAUCCCAUCGUGUUCUGUGAUGGCUGCGAGUUAAUGGUUCACGCUUCCUGCUACGGAAGUCCUCUAAUCCAUUCAAUACCUGAAGGAGAUUGGUUCUGUUUGAGAUGCCAGAGGAAGGGAGAAGAAGAAAAAGGGGAUUUUGAUUGCUGUCUUUGUCCGAAGAAGGGAGGAGCAGUGAAGCCGAUGGAAGAGAAAUCGAAAUGGGCUCAUAUUCUGUGUGCGUUGCUUGUUCCUGAAGUUUUCUUUCGAGAUCCGUUGGGGAGAGAAGGGAUUGAUUGUUCGAGAGUUCCUAAGAAGAGGUGGGGAAUUGAUUGUUAUCUCUGCGGUGUUAAUCGAGGGUGUGGGAUCGAGUGUUCGGAACCGAAGUGUGGAUUAGGGUUCCAUGUUUCCUGCGGAUUGGAGAAGGGGCUUUGUAUUGAAUAUAUGGAGGCGAAAAGAGCUGGAAUUGUUGCUGGGUUCUGCGAGGAGCAUACGCAUCUGUGGAAAAAGCAAGAACUAACUGGGAAAUUCAAGAUUGUUCGGAGGGAGAAGCUUCAGCUGGCCUAAUAAUGGAUAUUUUUUAAUUAGAUUUUUCAUUUAUUUAUGUAGUCUUUUAUGUGUGCUAUGCUAUGUAAUAUUUUAUGUGUUUUUCAGCUUUUGUAAGGAUGAUUUGGUUUUGAAAUAGGCUUCUUGAAAAUGGGCUUCUUCAAUUCAUUUGAAAGUAUUUGGUGAAGUCAUGCAAAGGCCCAUAUUGUGGAUUUUGGUGCAAAAUGCAAAUUUUUGUUCUAUUUUGUAAAAUAAUCUAUCUACUUGA